GCGCCGAAAYUGUUCAGUUCAAAAACGCAGCGAACGCGUAGCAGUAAAGACGAGCACGAGCAGAAAAUCGUGAAAAAGCGCGGAAAUACUAAACAAAAUUGUGAAAUUUUAUUAUCUCCAUUAAGUGCAAAUAAAAGUGUUCUUCUCUACUUUCCAUUUCACUGCCAAUUGUGACCUUGUGACUUGUGCAACGAUACACCACAAAUUUUGGAUUUCGCUGUUGAACCGUAGAUGUCAGUAGUGCCCCUAAUGUUCCGUGACUGGUGGGAUGAUUUUGAAUUUCCAACGCGCACUUCGCGCCUCUUGGACCAGCAUUUCGGCACAGGACUUAGACGCGAUGACCUGCUGUCAUCAGUUUGGAACUCUCGCCCAACAAUGUUGCGUUCCGGCUACCUGCGCCCAUGGCAGCGCUCGCCCACCAGCUUGCAGAAGCAAGAAUCCGGUUCUACAUUGAAUAUUGACAACGAGAAAUUCGAAGUCAUUUUGGACGUGCAACAAUUCACACCCAAUGAGAUCACUGUYAAAGUGACCGACAAGUUUGUGCUUGUUGAGGGUAAACACGAGGAGCGCCAGGAUGAGCACGGUUUUGUGUCCAGACAGUUCUCCAGACGUUAYUUGCUGCCAAAUGACAUUAACCCCGACAACGUGACCUCAUCACUGUCUUCGGACGGUCUGCUCACCAUCACCGCCCCCAUGAAGAAGCUGCCUCCUCCUGCCACUGAACGUGUGGUGCCCAUCUCGCAAACCGGCCCAUCCUCGAAGGAAGACAAUGCCAAGAAAAUCGAGACCACCACCGCCUAAGUCACUCUCACGACUUCGGUUGAAAUAGACUGUUUUCCAUUUUCUAAUACUCAUGCCUACKCAAAUGACUCAUCAUUGUUAAUCAUGCAUUCAAAAUGCAUUUUCAGUUAUUUAGCAUAAAUAAUAAUCAUUUACAAUUUUA